AUGGAAAAUAAUAGCCCAAGCAAAGGUUGUAGAGUUUAUGUUGGAAAUUUACCCUGGAAGGUUACAUGGCCAAUUUUAAAAAAUCAUAUGAAAAAAGCAGGAGAUGUUGUAAGAGUUGAUAUUUUUGAAGACACACAAGGAAGAUCAAAGGGAUGUGGUAUUGUUGAAUAUGCUACUUACGAGGAAGCUCAAGAAGCAAUUAGCAGCUUGAACGAUUCAAAAUUGGAAGAUCGCUUAAUUUUUGUGAGGGAAGAUAGAGAAGAAAAUUCUGGUAAUUAUGAAAAGAGGAAAUUCAACAACGUAAGAAAAGAUAAAUUUUAUGAGUCAAGAAGAAGAAGAGAUUAUGACUACAGGAAGGAAUACAGAAGGGAUGAUUAUAGAAGAGAUUUUAGAAGAGAUGAAUUUAGAAGAGGAGGUGGUGAUUUUAGACGGGAUUAUAGAAGAGAAGAAUUUAGAAGAGGUGGUGGAGAAUUUAGAAGAUCUAGUAAAAGAAAUUGUACUUUGAUUGUUUAUAAUUUACCUCCACAAGUAACAUGGAAAGAAUUAAAAGAUUUAUUUAGAAAACAUGGUAGAGUUGUAAGAGCAGAUUUAAAAAAUGAAGAUAAUUCUUCAAAAGAAUUAAUUGGUGUUGUUAUUAUGGAAAAUGAAUAUGAAGCAAAAAAUGCAAUUGAUGCUUUAAAUUUUUGUAACUUUGAUGGAUAUAUAUUAAAAGUUAAUUAUGAAAAUAACGAAUAA